GUCAAACUAAAAUACACAAUUAUCCUACUUAAGUCAAUCUUAUUUACAUAAAGCAAUUAUUAUUAUUACUAUAUAUAAUCUCAAAUUGGAAUUUGACGCUUAAUAUUUUUGAUCGUAUCACUUAUGUGUAGUGUAAUGUUGUUUCAUUUAACAAAAUAUAGUGGUGGUAAUUGCCAAAAUAGUAAUUAGAUUUUGUUACAUUUUUUGAACAAUUAUAUCUUAACUAUUAAACUCAAACAAAUUGAAUUCAAUUAGUAUUAAAUUAUUGAAAGUCAAAGAUAUUAAUUAAAAUUUCAUAUGGGUGUAGAAAAAUGAAAGAAUUAACGUUUUAUACUGUAACAUAUAAUGUAUGCACAAAAUCUCCUAAUCAAUCGAUCAAAAAUCUAUUGCAAUGGGAAAGUAAAAACGAAGAAGCUAUUCCCGAUUUUUGUAUAUUUGGAUUUCAAGAAGUUAAAUCUCAACCACAAAACUUAGUACUAGAUUCAUUAUUUGAUGAUCCAUGGACUACAGCUAUAAGAGAUAUAUUAUGUACUUUUGAUUUUGUGAAAAUUCGAACUGUAAAAAUGGUAGGCUUAUUACUUAAUGUGUUCUGUCGACGAAAACAUGUUCCUUACCUUUCACAUAUGGAAACAUCAGAAACAAGAACUGGACUUUUUGGUCUAUGGGGAAAUAAAGGAGCUGUCAGCUUUAGUUUUAAAGUAUACAACACUACUCUUUGUUUCAUUAAUUGUCAUUUGGCUCCCCAUGAAGAAUAUUUGAAUGAUAGAAUUAAUAAUUACCAUAAUAUUGUUGAAAGUCAAUGUUUUGGCUUGUCUAAAAAAUCAAUCUUAAGUCAUGAUUAUGUAUUUUGGUUUGGUGACCUAAACUUCCGAUUAGAAAAAGCCAAUGAAUUUUCAUCUGAACUUAUUUCACACAAAAUUAACCUCAUAGAAUUGUCAUAUCAGUCUGCUAAUACUUUACCAGAACUUUGGACAGUAGAAGAGCUGCAUAAUAUAAAAAAAAAUGGUAGAGCAUUCAAAGAUUUUUUUGAACCAAUGCCUAUGUUCCCACCAACUUAUCGUUUUCUUGUUGGCAGUAGCUGUUAUGAUCUCAAAAGAAGACCAGCAUGGACCGAUCGUAUAUUAUAUAAAAGUAAUUUGUUGUUAAAAAAAGAAUCUAGAUUAUAUGUGAAGUCAUAUAAGCAUAUAGACUCAAUAAAAUUAAGUGACCAUAAACCAGUUUAUGGAGAAGCUUGUAUUUAUCAGAUGAGUUGUGAAAAUUGUAUUGAAAAAAAUAAAAGAGUUACAUUUUAUAAAAUUCAACAAUGGCUAUUAGAAACAGAAAAUGAAGUGACUCUUCGUGUUAAAGGAUAUGUUCCUUGUGUUAAUGAUUGGAUUGGUAUUUACAAUGAAUUUUACACAAGUUUAGAUGAUUAUUUAUCAUAUGUUUAUUUGCCUUCUGAAUCGUACAAUUUUGGAAGUGAAGAGCAAAGUAAUCACACUAAUUUUGAUACAUCAACUCUAUGUAGAGUACGUUUCCUCCCAGAUGAAUAUGCAGAUGGUUCCAAAAGUAUUUGUUUAAAAUUUUCUGAAACAUCAGUACUAAAUCCAGGGAAGUAUAUUUUAUUAUACUUCAGUAGAAAUAAUAACUCUGUGUUAGGAACUUCUGAAACAUUUGAGGCAAAAUAUAAACCAAAUCCUUGUUCUACUCUUAGAGAAUUUGGUUGGUGAUUGAUAAUAAAAUAUAUGAAAUUUUCAGAAAUAAUUAUUUUUGGUUUUUUUAUAUUCUGUUCAUAAAAAUACCAUUAAUUAUUUUAUAUAUUUAUUAAUCUUUAUUAUAUAUUUUAUUUUAAAUAUUAAUUGUUAAUAUUAUGUGGUUGUUACAUUUUAAUAAAUAUUAUAUUUAAAAAAAUA